GAUAGAUGUAUUUUUAAAAAACGUGAGGAUUUUGUUUGGUUUUAUGUUUUAUUGAUUAAAAUUAUGCGUAUUGCCUUGAUUUAAAUACGUUGCAUUAAAGUGAAUGAUAUUGCAUUCAACUCUUAGAUAGUAAGUCCAAAGUAGCAAUGGAUUUCCAAAAUAGACCCGGUGGAAAAACCGGAGGAGGUGGAGUAGCAUCAUGGUCGGAAAGCAACAGAGAUCGUCGCGAGAGGCUUCGCCAACUCGCAUUGGAGACGAUCGACUUGAACAAAGAUCCUUAUUUUAUGAAAAACCAUUUGGGUUCUUAUGAAUGUAAGUUAUGUUUAACCUUACAUAACAAUGAAGGAAGCUACCUAGCCCACACUCAAGGUAAAAAGCAUCAAGCUAAUUUGGCCCGAAGAGCUGCCAAGGAAGCCAAGGAAGCUCCUCAGCUGCUUGCUCCAGAAAAACCCAGGAUUGAACCAAAGAAAUUUGUUAAAAUUGGGCGACCUGGUUACAGAGUCACUAAACAAAAGGAUCCUGAAAAUGGACAGCAAAGCUUGCUGUUCCAGGUAGAUUAUCCAGAAAUUGCUGAGGGUGUACAACCAAGACAUCGUUUUAUGUCAGCUUAUGAGCAGAAAAUAGAGCCCCCAGACCGCCGUUGGCAAUAUCUACUUUUUGCAGCUGAACCCUACGAGACAAUAGCAUUCAAAGUACCCAGUAGGGAAGUGGAAAAACAUGAUUCUAAGUUCUGGACCCACUGGAAUAAAGAUACAAAACAAUUCUUUUUGCAAUUUGCAUUUAAAAUGGAAGCUUUAAGAAUGCCUCCACCUCCUCCUAAGAUUUGGGAGAGCCACGGGAUGCGCCUGCCGCCGCCGCCGGGAGCACCCAUGCUGGGUGUGCCACCCCCACCACCAUUGCUCCCAGUGCCGCCGCCGCCUCCUUCUAUGUAAUUGCACUAUUUUCAAGGAAAUAAAAUUGUCUUUUACUUUAA